AUGUGCAAAAUAAUCAAUUUUGUAUUUUUUAUAUUUUCCAUUUGUUUAAUACCUAAAUAUAAUGCCAAUCCGACAAGUAGACGUUUUAAUGGAUACGAGGAUGUACCAUAUAAUGCUGUUUUCGAUGAUGAAAAUAGUAUUGACGGUAGUGAUGUUAUUGAUCUAUCAAGCUUGGGCCCCGAGGCCUAUGGAUUACCAAACAAUGAAAGUGGUAACGCAGUAGCAGCUUGGUCGGAAUCAUCGUUGGUAAAUCCCGAAGAGCUUGGUUCUUAUGCUGAAGGUGACAUCUUAAUGCCUCCGCAUGAAGGCAGGAAUGGUAUCAAAGAGGAAUCAUUCCGGUGGCCAAAAGGACAUAUACCUUAUUCUAUAGAAGGCAGCUUUACUGCUCAAGAGCGAGAGAUAAUUAUGAAGGCCAUUGCGGACUAUCACCGGCUGACUUGUUUAAGGUUCAUUCCAUACAGCGGACAAAAAGACUACAUCGUCAUUCAGAAUAAGGAUACUGGCUGCUGGUCUAGUGUCGGGAAGUUAGGGGGACGACAAGAAGUGAAUGUCCAGUCGCCUGGUUGUGUAUCGAAGAAAGGUACGGUGAUCCACGAGUUGCUGCAUGCAAUUGGCUUCAUGCACGAACAGAGUCGUCCUGAGAGAGACAACUUCGUCACCAUUCGAUACAACAACAUUAAGUCAGGCGCAGAGAUCAAUUUCAAAAAGGCGAACCCGCAACACAGUAACGACUUUGGCGUGCCUUACGACUUCAACAGCGUCAUGCACUACUCGGAGUAUGCCUUCUCUAAGAACCAACAAAAAACUAUUGACCCUAAGGUGGGAGGCGUAAAAGUAGGACAAAGGGAAGGACUCAGUCGCAGUGAUGUUAGAAAAGUCAACAAUAUGUAUGGCUGCAAGAAAGAAGAACCGCAGUCUGGCUGGUUUGGCAAUAUCUUCCAGAACUGGUUCAACUAA